CUCUGUCUAUCUCCAUCUCUCUCAACUUUAUGUAUGUAAAAAAUAAUAAAUGGGAGCUACUUUAAAGGGCAGAGGAUAAAAGGAAGAAAUUGGAAGGGAGUUUAUAGGGAAAUCGUGGUCCUAUGGGCCAAAACUUUAGUUUAGGUGAUAAAUUUUUUUGUUUCUCAAUUCACUUUUCUGGGGGUUUUUAUUUUCCUCUUCCUCAGAAUAAAUUCUCUUACAGUUUUAAAUUAAUUAGUUUCUGGGAGUUAUAGAAUAUUUUUUUGGGUUCUCCUUCUUUCUGCCCAUUUAACAAUGAAAAUGGCAUAUUACCAAUCAUCUUUUCCCCCUAUAGGAAACACCCAUCAUUGCUCCCAACAAUCCUUUUCAACCUUAGAAACCUGAGCUUCUAAAAAGACUUAGAAUUGGGUGUCUAAUUCCCAUUCUUCCAUUUCUUCCUUUAAUUUCUCAAUGCUUCUUCAACUUAAAUACCAGCCUUCAUAAUAUCCUUUUCUCUCCCUCUUCUACUACUACCCCUCCAUUCUCUCUCCCCCUCUUUCUCUCUCUCUCUCUCUCUCUCUCUCUCUGCUUUUCCUUUUAGUUCCCAUAAGGUCACAAUGGAUCCUUCCUCAACCAACUCUGUCAAUGGCUUCUACACCUUUCUGACUCGAGGAAUCGAUGAUCUUGAACGGGUUUACCUGUCGAAUAAUUUCAUGUCAAUCCAAUUCCUUCAGAGGGUUCUUUCACUUCUCCGAUCAUUUCAUUCCCAAUUGACACUUCUUGUCCAAAAGCUUCAUUUGCCCGUGGGGGAGAAGUGGCUAGAUGAAUAUAUGGAUGAGAGUUCUAAGCUGUGGGACGCCUGUCAUGUCCUCAAAUCAGGCAUUUCUGGCAUCGAAAAUUUCUACUCUGCUGGGUUCAAUAUCACUUCCUCUCUCGAUACUCAUCGCCAUCUGAGUCCGCAACUUUCUCGUCAGGUGAUUAGGGCAAUAUCAGGGUGUAGAAGGGAAGCGGUGGGAUUGGAGGAGGAGAAUCGGGCACUGAUGGAAGCAAGAAUUCAACCGCUAUCUCUGAGGUUCGAUGAGAAAGUAUCGAUCGAAUCAAAACUGAACGGAUUUAAUGGAUUCAGGGGAGUUCUGUACGCAAUGAGAAAUGUGAGCUCACUCCUCCUAAUGAUCUUGCUCUACGGGCUGGUUUACUGUUGGCCGGAAUCGAACUUCGUAAGAGGGGGGUAUGAAGGGUGUCUGUUUUUUGGUUCAGCUUUUAUGAUCUCGACGGCGAGAUUGCAGCAGAGAGUCGCCGGAGAAAUCAACCAGAUGAAUGGGAGGCCUGGGAUUUUGCUGUACGAGUUCAGGAGAUCGAAGAUGGCGAUGGAGGAAUUGAGGGCGGAAUUGGAGAGGGUGGGGAUAGGGUCCCAGGGAGUGGUGGAAUGGGAAACAGAGAUUGGAAUUAGAGAAACGUUUGAGAAUUUGAGAGAUUGUUUUGGGGUCCUGAGAUCCGGAGCUGAAAAUAUUGUUUGCCAACUUGAUGAUUUCAUUGAUGAAAUCGUUGAAGGCAGGAAGAAACUUUUGGACUUUUGUAGCCACAGGUAGACAGAUGUUGAAAAAUAUUGUAGUUGUUAUGGUUCAAAGCCCAAAAC